AUGUCUGAUGUCGCCGACUCCUACUCCGAUGGCUUGUCGGAAGCCUCUGAUGCCGAGGAUGACGACUUAUGGCUUGCGCAACCCCCCUCCAAUCAGGAGGGUCUCAAGCAGUCAAACUUGUUCUUCGUAGCGCGUCAGGGAGACGAAAAGAGCCUGUUCCGAAGUAACCAGAUUUACAAAAGAAACCACUACGAAAAGGGGCUGACUAAGGACAAGCGGACUACCGUGCAGCAGGUUUUGGACAAAAGAACAUAUAUAAGACUAAGGAAACUCUGUGGACAAGGGGUAUUCCAUUAUAUGCACGGGGUAAUCAGCACGGGGAAGGAGGCGAACGUCUUCGAGGCAGAGACGCAACCGCCAUCCAGCUCUGCCAUUUCCCAUAAUGCGUCUAGCGAUGUCAACGAAGUCGUCACUGUAGGUCAAACAGUGCCAUGUGUAUGUGCAAAUCAUCUGGUGGAGGCUCACGUGUCAGCGCAGUCGAAUGGUACUGGCGCUGCAACCUGCCAUCCAGGUGAAGGCACAAAUGUGAACUGCGAUGAAGUGGCGGAUAAGAUUUCCGCGUGCAGUAUAAAGGAAACACUUCAACCUAAGAACACCGAUGAAAGCAGUCGGAGCACCGAAAAACAGACGCCAGGCAGAGUGGCCAUUAAGGUCUAUAAAACAUCAAUCCUUGUAUUCAAGGACAGGUCGAGGUAUAUCGAGGGCGAAUUCAGAUUUAGGAGAGCGUAUCUAGGAACUAAGAACCCUAGGAAAAUGGUGGCGCAAUGGGCUGAAAAAGAAUUCAGGAAUCUGAGGCGCAUUGCACUUUCCGGUUUAUACUCACCGAUACCCAUUGCGCUCAAGGACCACGUACUCGUAAUGGACCUCAUACUUGAUGGCUCCGCCGUCGCUCCUAAAGUGGAAAACUUAGGAGCGCUGCCUUUGUUCGAGUGGCAAACCAUCUAUGUGCAAACAAUAUGCGCAUUGAGAACGUUGUUUCAGGAGUGCAAACUUAUCCAUGGAGACUUCUCGAGCUUCAACUUGCUCUACUCCAAUGGGAAGGUUUACGUCAUCGACACAUCGCAGGCUGUCGAAAACGAUCACCUAAAUGCUAUGCCAUUCUUAAAAAGAGAUUGUGAAAACGUAACGCGUUUCUUCAAAAACGCUGACGUACUGCACCACGAACACGAACAAAUGAUACCCUAUGACGAGCUUAAACUCCUCACAGCGGAGCAGCUUUUUUGCUUCAUCAUUUCUAAGGUAAUCGAACCCAUCGAUGACGUCAUAGACGAAGACAAUGCAAAGGCGCUCCCAUUAUCGCAUGAUCAUGAGCUCUGGCAGGACGACUCACUCGCUAAUGUAAAAUGCUUCUGGAACAUAAACGAAUCGGAAAUCGCGCUAGAUGUGGCACAAAGUGUAGAAAAAAUGACCAAGUACUACAAAUUCGGUGCUACAAAGGACAUACCGGAGAUCAUGAUGAACAAGCGCAAGAUGUAUCUGUCACUCUGCAAAGCGACAUAUGACUUUCUUACCGGACCAACUUUCGCAAAUGAAGAAUGCUAUUCACACAUAGCGUGGCUGAGGAAUUACAAUUUCGAUAAACAGCUCCCAAUCAACAUUUCACAGAUGCCACUUGACGUCGCGGAGAGCCUCAUGGAGCAAAAGGAAAACGUAAUCAUAGGUAUAAAUGCCAUCGUGGACAAAACUUCGUGUGAAUCUGUUGAGGAAGCUUGCUGCUACGUGGAUGAUAAGGGUGAGGCGGAUUCCGACGAAAGCGAAAGUGAUGGUACGAGCGACACGGAAGAAUUGGCAAAACAAACAAACGACGUUGGCGGAAAUAAUACCGAUCAAAGGGCCAAAUUCACCGGAAAGAUACCAGACGGAGUCGAACCAAGGGAAUGGAAAAAAAUGGUCAAGGAGUACAACAGGGAAAGACGAAAAAGCAAAAUACCAAAACACAUUAAAAAAAAAUAUGGCUCCAACAAGGGCUAG